AUGUUAGAAUCAAACGAUGACAUAUUAUCUAUAAGUUAUCGGUCAUUUCAACAUGUAUUUCCAGAUAAUAAAAUAAUUGAUCGUUCAUUAUCAAGUUCUUCAUCUAAGUAUGAUAUAAUCCGCCGUUAUUUAUUUACUGGUGUUCUAAUUCAUUAUCAUUUAUGGUUUUUAUUUAUAGUUUUUGUAUUAUUUUUAUUUACAAAUUUUGGUUAUUGGUGGAUAUCAUUUAGUUUUGUUCUUUUAUAUUUACCAUCCUAUUUAAAUAAUGAUCAAUUUAAAAUGGGUAGACCAUGGUAUAAAUUAAAAACAAGUAAAUUAUGGUGGUUAAUCCAUAAAUAUAUGCAAGUAGAAGCUGUUCGAACACAUCAAUUAAAUAAGAAUAAACAAUAUAUAUUCGCUCUUCAUCCGCAUGGUAUAUUAAUAUUAAGUAGACCAAGUCUAUUAGGUGGAGUAUGGGAAACAUUAUUUCCAGGAGUAGAAACAAGAUUAUUGGCUGCUAGUCCAUUAUUUUGGAUUCCAGGAUGUAGAGAAAUAUGUUUAUGGACAGGAUGUAUAAAUGCAACAAAAACAAUUGCUGAAAAAUUAUUAAAAACAGAUGUUGAAAUAAAUGAAUAUAAUUCAAAUGGAAAAUUAUCAUUAGUGAUAUAUCCUGGUGGUAGUAAAGAAAUAUUUAAUUCAGAUUCAAAGUCUAAUGAAACAAUUUUAAUUGCUAGACAAGGUUUUGUUAAAUUAGCUAUUGAAAAUGGAUGUGAUAUUGUGCCAGGAAUAGGUAGGACUAUUCUUCUAUUUAACGGGUGACCCAUAAAGUAUAUCACUUUCAGUACUUUACUUAUAACUUGGUUUGGGUUUGUUUCCGAGACUCGAUAUUUUUUAAAAGAUGCGGUGCGAAGCUCUCUACAAAAUGAUACCUAAACUAUAAUUUCAGAACUUCAAUCAAGAAAACUGAGCAAAUUAGAUAAAAGUCGAAAAACAUGUAAACUUCCUAAACUCAAAAGUUUUUCGACUUGAACUUUUUCUUCUGCUACUAUUUCCGCUAAAAAGUGUAGCAUAAGUGAGAACUCAGUUUAUGUUUGGUACUUUCAAAUGUCCUCUUUCUCGUGGUCUGCGAAAAACUUUUUUUAGAGCGGACGGUGUACUCGAGAACGAAGUUACAGAAAUACAUCAAAAGUUGACAACCUCCCCGUUUCCAACAAUGUGCUCAACCAAGAAAUGGAAAAGAUGAUUGAAGUUUGAUUUUGCAGUUAGAUAGAGAAGAGCAAUCAUUUCUGAUCAAAACAAAGCAAACCCGAUCAAAAAAACUUUUAUUCUGAUGGAGUUAUGGAUCUUUUACUGAAAGCAUUACUAUACCCAGAAUUUGAAACAUCAUUUUUAAGUUCAGGAAGUUUACAUCUUUUUCGACUUUCAUCUUAUUGGCUUAGUUUUCCUAAUUAUAGUUAAGGUAUGAUUUUGUAGAGAAUUUUGCAGCGCAUCUUUUAAAAAAACAUCGAGUCUCGGAAACAAACCCAAACCAAGUUAUAAGUAAAGUACUGAGAGGAACAUUCUUUAUGGGUCGCCCGUUACAUGACACAUGUUGUACCCUAGUAGUAUUUCUUGUUCAUUCUUGCUUACAAGCAGAUCCGAUCGCGAUAUAAUUUUAAUCGUGUUCUUGAUCAAGUUAGUUAUGCAAAUUCGCUGCAGAUUGCUUUUCAAGUGUGUCGGAAUAGUGGUAGGAUUGAUUACAGCAAGAUUACAUCUAAUUCACGACAAGAUCUUUCAUUCCUACUCAUUGUGGAAAACUUUUCAAACUGACUUUAACAUAGUUUAUGCUUUUUCUUAAACUAGAACAAAAACGAGAAUAUAAUAUUCUCAUGAAUAGUUGAGCUUUAACAGCAGCGAAUAAACUCAUUUUAAUUUUAUUUCGAGCUUUCGAAACGUAUGGGUUUCAUUAUCAAGAAAUCUAAAACAUUGAAUCAAAAUCAUCAAGACUAAUACAUUAAAUGAAAUUGAAGUACAGGAAAAACUGAAGAGUGAAUCAUAUUUAGUAUAAUAGACACGUGUACAGGUAGGUACACGUGUCUAAAGAGAAGAUAAAUUUUGACUAUCUUAAUGUCGUCAUUUUAUUUUGACUUUUAUGCGGUCUUUUCGAUUAAGUGGGACACUACCGUCUGGAAAGAUAACCAGAGGAAUAGAUCUAGUUGUGGAAUUUAGAUCUGGAAUGCGUGCUAUAAUUUAUAACGUUCAUUCGUUACUGUUAAAGCUCUACUAUUCGUACUCAAAACUAUCCCUAUUAAAGAAAAAAAUUAUAAUAUUCCUGUUGUAUCAUUCUGUUUCUUAAACUAUCAAAGCACAUACUCAAUCCUUGUUCAAAGCUAGAAUCGAACAGAGGAACAUAUUUAUUUUGUAUUUUUUUCUAUCUCAGUCUGUAAUACAGACUGAGAUAGAAAAAAAUACAAAAUGAAUAUGUACAGGCUCUGUAAUGAUAUAAUGGUUAUUUUUAUUGUUCAUCUAUCGAGAGAAGAAGAGAAGAAGAGACACCUGCGUAUAUGGCCCACUAUUUUUAUUAAGGCGCCGCAGUGUGCAAGGCGGUCUUAUUUCGUUUUACUUUGAUCUCUGAUCUUCUUUCUACUAGACUCUUUUUCAUGCACUUUUGUGCCAUUUUUUCUCAGUAAUCACUACUCGAACAGACUUACAGAAAAGAUGAAUCGAAUCUUCAGGUGGUGUAGAUAACUUUUUCAAAGAAGUUUUUAAAUUAAUUAAUAAAUCAGUAAUUAACGCUCUAAAAUGUGUCUUAUUUAAUGUCUUUUAUAAUGAGCGAUGAGUGUGCAUUACAGAGAUUUUAU